AACUCAGUAGAUCUUCUCUUCCAAAAAAAAUACUCAGUACAUCUUCAUUUCAGGACAAAAACAACCCACAACCGGCGUUCUUCAUCUGCGCGAAACAAAUAACCAGAUCCGAAUUACAAAAGCUAUAUCUCUUUCUUCCUCACCUGCUUUUUCCAAAGAUUGGCCAAAGCAUUGUACCUGGCGAAGUUUUGUAUUUUCGCUGUCGUUGAUGUAUAAAGCUAUUUAUUAUGAAGAGAAAUGCUAUGGUGGCCAGAACUCAGAAGCCAUGACCAGGUUUGCUGAACAACCGAAGUGAAAAACCUCCCUCUAACCUCCGCCUUCAACACUUCAGAUCUGAGUUCUACAUUCAACAUGCCUACGGAUCACGCUGAGCUCACCACUGAGCAGGUUUUGACUAGGGAUAUUCCCUGGGAGACUUACAUGACAACAAAGCUGAUCACAGGGACUGGCCUUCAGCUGUUAAGGCGUUAUGAUAAGAAGGCUGAAAGUUACAAAUCCCAGCUUCUGGAUGAUGAUGGUUCAGCUUAUGCCCGAGUGUUUGUUAGCAUCUUGAGUGACAUUGGCAAAGAAGAAACGUUGGAAUAUGUUUUAGCUUUAAUUGAUGAAAUGCUUACUGUUAAUCCAACAAGAGCCAGAUUAUUUCAAGACAAGUCUCUUGUGGAUGAGGACACUUACAAACCUUUCCUAAGGUUGAUGUCAAAAGGUAACUGGUUUAUACAAGAGAAGAGUUGCAGGAUACUUUCAUUGGUUGUAAGUGCCAGGCCAAAAGUUCAGGAAGAUGGUGUUGAUAAUGAGGAUGCCACAAAUUCAAAAAAGCAACUCACUAGCGUUGGUGAUGUUUUACAGGGCCUUGUUGAGUGGCUUUGUGUACAGCUGAAAAGACCAACUCAUCCUAGUCGUGGCAUUCCAACUGCAGUCAAUAGCCUUGCUACUCUGUUGAAAGAUCCUUUGGUGCGAUCAUUAUUUGUUCAAGCUGAUGGAGUGAAGCUUCUUGUCCCUUUAAUUUCUCCAGCUUCUACCCAGCAGUCUAUCCAGCUCCUCUAUGAAACAUGUGUAUGCGUUUGGCUUUUGUCAUACUAUGAACCUGCAAUAGAGUACUUCGUGACUUCGAGGGCUCUUCCACGAUUAAUAGAAGUUGUUAAAGCUUCUACGAAGGAAAAGGUUGUCAGAGUUGUAGUCUUGACUCUGAGAAAUUGGCUUUACAAGGGGGCACUUGGUGCACUUAUGGUGGACCUGGGAGUGCUUCAUAUUGCUCAGAACUUGAAAGCACAGGCUUGGAGUGAUGAGGAUCUUUUGGAGGCUCUUAACCAGCUAGAAGAAGGACUGAAAGAUAAGAUUAAAAAACUGAGUUCAUUUGACAAGUACAAGCAGGAGGUGCUUCUUGGUCAUCUAGAUCCUAUGCAUAAAGAUCCUUCAUUCUGGAGGGAUAACAUAACAAGUUUUGAAGAGAAUGAUUUCCAGAUCCUGAGGGUCCUUGUUAUGAUAUUGGACACGUCGGGUGAUCCAAGAACACUUGCGGUUGCUUGUUAUGAUCUGUCACAGUUCAUUCAGUGCCAUCCUGCUGGUAGGGUAAUCGUGACUGACCUCAAAGUCAAGGAACGUGCAAUGAAGCUUUUGAACAAUGAGAAUGCAGAGGUCACAAAAAAUGCUUUGCUAUGCAUCCAACGACUCUUCUUAGGUGCAAAGUAUGCCAGCUUUCUACAGACAUAAUCAUAUUUAUCUAUUUUAUCCUCCACAAUCAUUCUUCCUAAAUAAACUCCACCAAUAAUACGCAUUCUGCAUUCUGAAUGUGAAGAUGUGAUAUGAGUUUUAUUAUUAUCUCUUUUAUUCUGUAUCUACUUCUAUUCCCAAGGUACACUUGUGAGACUGUGAUUGUAAAUUUGUAAUUGGCAAUAAUUAUUUGCUUCACCCCCUACAAAAUCUCAAACAGGGGAUUUCUUGUAAUAAUGUACUCCGUAUUUAUUAGUUGUACCAAAAUUGAAUUGUUCUUUGGGCUGACAAUUAAAUUUCCUUAA